AUGUCUACACCUACACCUCCCGGUCGAGCAGCGGGCCUACACGCCCUCCCAUACUCAAGUUUACUUUCCUUCUGUGAAGAGCCAACUGCCAUCUUGGCGGUGUCUGUCUUUACUUGCUUGCUACUGGCCGCCAAGUACCAAGUUGAGAAAUAUAGGUACCACAAAGCCCAUUGGAAGACAGAUACUGGGCAACUUCCGCCGAAAUACCCAUCCCUCAUUCCGUACGUUGGGAGUAUCAUUUCCCUUGUGUGGAACACCAAGGCAUUUCUAAGCCAAGCCACUUCUUUUGACGGGAAACUGUCGGCAGCCAAGAUAACCUGUCUUGGAAUGGACAUGUACCUCUUCCAGGACCGCGAAACCGUCAAGAAGAUAUGGAAACAACGGAGCCUGUCUAGUCCCAUCAGCAUCUACAUAUACGUGCUCAAAUAUUUCUUUGGUCUCCCGGAAUCAGCACUCCAUGUUCAACCGCAAGACCGUGUCGAUCACAUUACCCAUCAUCCAUAUUUGCGGGCGCUCAGCGGACCUGGUCUGAGUCCAACCGUAGAGCGUUUCAAGCAAUCCCUCGAGAAGAGGGUGGUGGCAAUGCACUGGGGCGACGAGUGGACCGAGGAGAGCAAUAUUGAGUCCUUAUUCCAACGUGUCCCAGCUGCUUCACUGAUCGAGGCCAUCUUUGGACCCACCCUGCUUCAUCUCAACCCCAGCUUCGUCGAAAAUAUUUGGAAGUUCGACAAUUUCGUUCCGUGGUUCGCCCGAGCUAUCCCGGGGUUUUUGAUGCCCGAGCCGUACAGGCUGCGGGAGCGACUGAAGGGCCAAUUGAAGCAUUGGUAUCAAUACGCGAGACAACGCUUCCAGGAAUCCGACAUCAGUGAGGAUGGCGAUGGCGAUCCCUUUUGGGGAUCAGAGUUGAUUAGGCAUCGACAGAAGGUGUUGCUGCAGGUGCAACACCAUGACGAUAAUGUUCUUGCUUCGACAGACAUUGGUUUGGUCUGGGGUGCGGUGGGUAACACAAUCCCUGUCGCGAUGCUUGCGACAAUGCAUAUAUGCAAGGAUCCAAACCUCCUAAAGCGUGUGCGAUUACUCAUUGCGGAGACUCUCGGCCAACGCUCACUCCUAGACUUGGACCCUCGAGAACUCUCGCAAAUCCCGCUUCUAUCAUCGAUCUAUGCGGAGAUACUUCGUGUUUACGUCAACACUUACUUCAUGGUCAGUUCGCCGCACGUGGACGUUCCGCUAGGGAAGUGGCGGCUGCCCAAGGGCCAUAUUGGCCUCCUCAAUUCGAAUAUUGCCCAGAUGGACCACAGCUUCUGGAACACCAAAGAUGGUUUACACCCAAUCGAGUCAUUUUGGGCUGACAGAUUCAUAAUCGACCCGGCUGAUGCAUCAAGCGGACCCAUCUUACCAGCGGAGGGCACUGAAGGGUCGUGGUUUCCCUACGGUGGUGGGCACUCCAUAUGUCCUGGGAGGUUCUUGGCCAAAAGCGUGGUUCUCUUCAGCUGCGCCCUCUUCGUGCACCAAUAUGACGUGGAAAUUCUGGGCGACGCGAUCAGAUUGGACCCUUUCAGAUUUGGAUUGGGUGUUGGACAGUUGCAACAGGCGAUUCCAUUCCGAAUUAGGAGGAGGAAGCUUGCGUAA